AAUGGCUAGUUGCCUGGUGUUACUCGUCCUGGCUUUCUUCGUUUUCUCAACAAAUGUAGAUGCACAAGUUACCGUUUAUUGUCAAGCAUCCGAUUACAACAAUGAAGUAUUGAUGCAAUGGAUGUAUGCCAACGGCAUAUCCUGUCAGCCAAUUACUAGCAGCACCACAACUCCUUCAAUUAGCAGCAAAAGCAUUGAAGUUGAUUGUGAAGGAUCCAGAUUUUACGUGGAUGAAAAUGUUUUAGAAUGGAUAUAUGCCAACAACAUACCCUGUCAUCCAAUUACUAGAAGCAAAAAGAGAAACAAGCUUCCCAUUAUACUUGGAACCGUCAUUCCAGUUUUCUGCAUUUUCUGGGCUAUUGUGGGGUUUAUAUUGCACCACAAGAGAAAAACAGCAGCCAUUGCUGCAAUAACUACAGGACAAGUUGACGGUGCCAAUAAGCAUACUCAGGGAUCACUAAGUGCCGAUGGGAUCAAGAUCAACAUCCACGACCAAACAAGUCAAGGGAUUGGUGAUCAAUAUCCACAGCAGCAACAGGAAAGCAACCAUGCCUGAGAUGAGAAACACCUGACUUUCUUUGCUUAAAUAUUAUUUGGACAUAUCAUUUCUUCUUUCAAAUAUUGUAUUCAAGCUUUCCGAAGUCGUUGAUCAUAUGUUGAGGACUGAUCAUCAUUGACAUGACUUGUGUUGCAGCAAUUAGCUGGUUCGAAAAAUUGUACCUUAAUUAGUUGUGUUUGUA